AUGAACCGCCAAAUAAAUAAUGGGUUUCCUGGAUCACCAGAUUUACAGCCGGUGUCAACUACGACUACACAGAACUAUGGCGCAAGGACAAGUUCAAAUCUAGGUGAUAUGGAUAGGCUGUACCAAGAAAGCUACUUUGCUUACAAUCAUCCUCAUUCUCUGACUGCCACAACCACUGGAGGUGGCGGUAUUGGUGUCGGAGCCAGCAGUACUGGUAAUGGAGCCCCUUUAGUUCCGGGAUUUGAAGACAGAGAAGGUAGAAGUGGGUUAAUGCGAAGUCAGUCGCCACCACGUGAACCACCGUUUAAUACACAUGGAGUACAUCCGGCGGUAGAAGGUCAGAUUCCGUCUGUAAAGCCUGUUGUGAACUCCCACGACAGAUUAUGGUCUGAGGUAGAUGUGCUAGAUGAUGCAGCAGACCUGGCUAGUCGUGUCAAGGCAAAUGGUAGCUUCUUUGGCCCAGCUCAUUCUAAAGCAUUGGAUCAACUACGACACGCACAAGUUGAGCUGGCUCAAAUGACUGCUGAAGCCGAAAAACAACAGGACCGAGCAAAAUAUCGUGUCUUGUGGGAAAAGAGUGAUUUGGAAUCGUUACGAACCGCUCUUUUUGACGAAGAGCAUUUUCAGCAGCUAAGCUUGCAUGUUGACAACACAGCCAGAAAACUGGAUGAAGUAGCUGAGCUUAUGAAAGCAGUAGACGAACAAAGCCGAGAGUUCUGGAGUACUCUGAAUUGA